UAUUAUUUCUGUGUCUCCCACUGCAACACCUCUCCAUAAAUACACUCAACAAGGCCUUGGUGCCUCUACUAUCUUGAUUUUCAAUUCUUGGAGAGUAAAUCUGUCAGGUUUUUUGAAGUUUUGAGAACUUGGAUUGAUGGGGAUGCCUCAAAGUCCAACUACUACUCCUCAUCUGUAUCCUCAAGCCCUGCAACUUAAACUUUACCAGGCUUUCAUUUUCUCAAUUCCUAUACUCUUCUCCAUUAUUCUCUUCUUGUUAUUUUACUUGUUCUACCUGAAGAGAAGGGCUUCCAGUCUCUCCUCAGCUCCAAUACUUCCAACAAGUUCUAAUCAGGCUUCUCCAUUUAUCCAUGACCAUCUUCCUUGUCAGAUGGGUUGGGAUGGGGAGAUCCAAGGCAAGCUUCCAAUUAUUUUAUUUGAUGAAGAACUAAGGAAAAGGGAUUCACAGUGCUGUGUCUGUCUGGGUGAAUUCGAGAUGAAAGAGGAGUUGCUCCAAGUUCCAUUAUGCAAACAUGUGUUUCAUAUUGAAUGCAUACAUCACUGGCUUCAUUCAAACACAACUUGUCCACUUUGUAGAUGCUCAGUCAUCCCUGUUACCAAGCUCUCCAAUCCAGCGACCCCUAGUGAAUCCGAAUCACAACAACGAGAAGGCGCUAACUCCAACGAUAAUCAACCGAACAUUCAAUCAGAACAACAACAACAACAACAACAGCAACAACAAUUAGAUGGUGAUGAUGGUAGCUCAGAUAUUGCUAAUGCAUGUAGAGAUCAGCUAGUUAUACGAAUUGAAGGCUCAUCAAGUGCAAGUACUUCUCUAAAUAGCUCUGGAAGAUUGUCUGAGUAGAAUUCAUCUAAUCAAGAAUCGGUAGUUUUCCCCGGCAAGAGUACAAAUUCAUGAAUGUUGAACCAAAUUAUGCCUAGAACUCAAGUAGGAAUGAAAGAUGGACUAGGAUAUACAAAAUUUUUGCACCAUAAAUCUGAAUGCAUAAUAUUCUUUAAGCUAUAUCAAUUAAUAUCAAGCUUUCUGAAGGCACAUUCAUCGGAGGACAUUAAU